GCCUAAAGCCGCCAUCUCGUAUCUCGUCUCGUAUUAUAUAUAUUUCGCCAAUUUAAAUAUUUACACGUUUAUGGUCUCGUGCCAUGGCAAUAACUUUCUUUCUUAGCUGACAACAGUAACAUCGAAUAUUCUACUCGUCCUCAAGGACCCAACAAUGUCUCUUCCUUCCACCAACGCCAAUGGCCAAUCUUCAAUCCGCAAUUUCUUCCAGCCCAAGCCGCCAUCAUACGUUCAACCCCCCGCCGCCUCUCGGACGCAAGCACCACCACCUGCUGCUGCUCCUCCAGCUCCCCCGUCGGUAGCCGCUGUCAUCCCUCCUCCAACAGCUAAGCAGAAUGGCUCGAGAUCACCGCUCUCGCCAGCGCCCACAAACGAACCACUAGCCAGGCCCGCGUCUCUCCACCCGCAAGCAACCAUCUCGCCAAUCCUACCCGAACACAUCCCCGCCCUUCGACGCAUAACCUCCCUCCUCCUCCCCGUCAACUACCCCGACUCCUUCUACGCGCGGCUCUCCGACCCGCUCUCCUCCGGCGCAUUCAGCCGCGUCGUCCUGUGGUCCGACCCGGCCGACUCCAAUGGUGCUCCCAAAGUCGUCGGGGGUCUCGUCUGCCGGCCCGAGCCGUCCCCAUUCGUAUCCUCAUCCUCGCGGAAGUCCCCACUGUCGUCGCAGCAGCAGCAGCAGAAGCAGCCCACGACCCCCUCAGCCCAGCCCAACGCGCUGUACAUCCAGUCCCUAGUCCUGCUCUCCCCCUACCGCCAGCUAGGUCUCGCCUCCGCGCUACUCGACGACGUCGCGCGCGCCGCGGCCGCGAGCCCCUUCGCCUGCGGCGAGGUCUACGCGCACGUCUGGACCGACAACGAGGACGGCCUGCGCUGGUACCUCGCGCGCGGCUUCGCCAAGCAUGGCCAGGUCAACGGGUACUACUUCAAGCUGCGGCCCGACAGCGCCUGGAUCGUGAGGCGGGCCAUCGAGGGUCCCGUCACCUCGGCCCUAGGUGCGGCAUCGCCAAGGAGUAGUAGUAGUAGUAGUAACACGGGAGUGCCAACGACGAUACCGCCUAGCGCCACGGCCGCGGCCGCCAAUCUCCUUCCCAGCAAGCAGACCCCAACGCCGCCGCCGAGGAGCACCGGGCCCUCGCCGAACCGCAGCCCCGGCGCCAGCGCCAGCGCGGGGAUGUCGUACCAGAACGCGCGGCCGGAGACGGAGUGGAACGACCUGCCGGCGGACAUGCACGUCUCGCGGGCGCCGGCCAGCGGCGCGCCCAGCAACGCGAGUUCGCGGAGCAGUUCCGCGGCGCCGCGCAAGAAAAGGGAUCGCGCGUACCCUGCUGCCGCGUUUGGGAAGUAAGGGAAAAAGAUAAGAUACCUGAGAAGACGAAAACCUGGAAUUUUAUCCUACGUUAGAGGUACCUAUUUAUUUAUUUAGGAGAUGGUUAUUCCCCAUAAGCCCGGCUUUGACGAACGGGUGAGACGAUUCCAUUAUUUACGGGGCCCUGGUUCGGUGAUGGAUAGGUAGCCACCUAAGAUGUCUCACUACCUAGGUACCUAACCUGGAGGUACCUACCUAUCAGCUGCUUUGAGGCUUUGAGGGGAAAUGAGUGACGAGGCUGACGGGAAAAUAUAUGCGAUAUACAUGUGCGUCACCCGUCCACAGACGCGAGAUUGCGAUGGGCAUGCACAUGGAAGGGUUUAAAAAGGCAAAGGUAGCCGGUAAUCUACGCAUAUCAUAUUUGGGUGGAUUUAAGCUGAGUGGGAGAUAUAUAAUAGUUUAGAUGUGACGUACCUAUCUUAUAUAGACAGACUACCUAGGUAUACUUAUAGAUAGGAAGAAAAGGGGACAUGGGUAAUAAAUAUAAGGCCUCGAGGCUAUCUAUAUAC